GGGGGAAGUGGCGGAAGCAAUCAUGGCAGCCACAGUGACGGUGAAGUCAACCAAAGAGCGACUCUUAAGUGUUUUGGACGAUUUAGAGGUUUUAUCUCGAGAGCUCAUCGAGAUGUUAGCGCUGUCCCGGAGUCAGAAACUCCCUCAGCCCGGCGAAGACACUCAGAUCCUGGAGCUGCUGGUACAGCGUGACCGUGAGUUCCAGGACCUGAUGGAGGUGGCCCAGCAGCAGGGCAAGGUGCACCAAGAGAUGCAGCAGCUGGAGAAGGAGGUGGAGAAGCGAGACAGCGACAUCCAACAGCUACAGAAGCAGCUGAAAGAGGCAGAACACAUCCUGGCGACAGCCGUUUACCAGGCCAAGGAGAAGCUCAAGUCCAUCGAGCGAGCCAGGAAAGGAAGUAUAUCGUCCGAGGAGCUCAUAAAGUACGCCCACAGGAUCAGCGCCAGUAACGCCGUGUGCGCGCCACUCAACUGGGUUCCAGGUGACCCACGGCGGCCGUACCCCACUGACCUGGAGAUGCGCAGCGGCGUGCUGGGUCACAUGGCCAACCUUCCCACCAAUGGCGUCAACGGACACCUGCCUGGCGACGCCCUCGCUGCCGGGAGGCUGCCAGACGUGUUGACGCCGCACUACCCUUGGCAGUCGUCCGAGCUGUCAGUGGGCAUGCUGCCGCCCCACCACGCCAAUGACUUCGGCCUAGAGCCCCCCGGACACAAUAAGGAGAAUGAGGAUGACGUGGAGGCUAUGUCCACUGAUUCCUCCAGCAGCAGCAGCGACUCCGACUGAAAAAUGAGUGUCUGUGUGUAUGGGUUCUUUGUAAUUAUGCUUGUAAAUAAAUAAUUUUGUGUAGAAAUGUUCAUAUUUUGUCUGUAGAUUCAAAAUUUCUAUAAUAAAAAUAUAAACACUUUGUUCAUCCCAAAAG